UUGGACCCUUCCGCGCGGUGACAUCAGUUUCUGGAACAGAGCGAGAUGCCUCCCGGUCCCGACGUGGCGGACAAGGCGCCGGCGCCGGCGCCGCCGCGGAGCCCUCACCGGGGCAACGGCAACGGCGCCGUCAUGCCGCAGAGCCCGCUCCGCAUCAGGCAGGACGGCAAGUUCUACGAGCGGCUGCUCACCAAGGAGAGCUCCGCGGCCAACCUGUCGUUCCGGUACUACUGGGCGGAGCCGGGGGCGGUGCCGUUCGUGUGGGAGUCGCAGCCGGGCACGCCCAAGGACGUCGCGCGGAUGGCCGCCGCCGGCGCGCUCCCGGCCAUCACGCCGCCGCCGUCGUACCUGCUCCGCCACGGCAACGGCGGGGGCAGGCAGGCGGCCGCCGCCUCGGCGGCGCGCCAUGACCAGAAGAGCGGCAAGGCGGCGAGGAGUGGCAAGAAGCGGCGCUGCAGGCUCAAGCGGAUCAGGAUCGGCUUCAUCGCGGGCAUCUUCCGGAGGAUCAGCCUCGGCAAGGCGUGGCGGCGGUCGGCGCCGCCGGUCAAGGUGUCGUCCUCCAGCCGGUGGCUCUUCUCCUCGGUGGCCACGGAGGCAGGCGACCACAACCUUCACCAACAGGACGAGAUUGCCGUCGCCGCGCACGCGACGAAGCCGCACAAGACCGUGCCGUGCAGCUUCCCGAUCCCGUGGCUGCUGCGCUUCCGCUGCAGCUCCGGGAACCGGGGCGGCGGCGCCGACGGCUGGGCGUAGAGCGGUCGCCCUCAAGGGUGGUGACGCCGGGAAGGGAAUCCCAAGUCAGAAAGUGGUUUGUUAUGGUUACGAAUGACGUUGACGAUUGUGUUCGUGCAGAGACUUUGUUUAGAGUAUGUCCAGCAAGGCCAAAUUGAUGUUUGGUGUUGCCUAGCGAAGUGACGCAUGAAGGAGUUCUAUACCCUUGUGUUCAUCGUGUCUACAGAUCAUGAAGUUCACGAGUUUGGAAUAUCCCGUUAACGUCUAGCGCUUCAUGUUCAUAUAGUGUAUAUCUCCACUUUUGUUGUACAUGAAGGGCAGAUGGACGUUGGAAUCCUAUGUUGAUUCUGCUAGUUGUCGUAAUAUGUGAUGCUAGCUAUCAUUACCAUCAUCAUAUAAAGUGGUUGCAUGCAAU